AUGGCACCCAAUGGAAUUCCUCACCUUCAGCUGCCCACACUGGCUCCUCUAGAGCCCCUCACCUCUGGCACUAACCUGCCCCACGUCCCCGCUGGAGAGCUGAUUCCUACCGAGAAUACCACAAGAGACCCAAGGCCUCCACCAACGCCUACGUCUCUCGAUGCCUCCCCCACGACGCCACCACAGUCCCCAGGACGCCCUACAUCUAUGCGUCGUUUUCUCUCCCGCGUCUCACUAAACUCUUCAUACACUCACGAAGACGACGACAAAUCCUCCAUUCUCUCAGGGCCCCUAUCUCCAACGGCAUCAGUCAUGUCACGCGACAGCAAAAGAAAGGUUUCUGGGGGCAAGAAAGGGUCUUGGUGGAAAAAAUCCAAGAAAGAAGAUAAAACUCAGAAUCUUCCAAGGCUUCCACCUGUCGCUGCUGCUGCCGCGACUAUGAUUGCUGCUCAGGUUGCUGCCCCAGCUCAUACCGAAAGCUCCCCGAGUAGCUCUCCUACAAACUUGACUCGUACGAAGACGGUACAAUCCAUUGCUCCACCCCCGAGGUUGCCGGACGAUCUCUUCGAUAGUGGAUUCUCGAGCUUAGAUAGCGAUAUGUUCAAGAAUUUCAAAUAG